ACUAAGUAUUUAAAUAACUAAUCUAAUACAUAUAUUCAUACAUAUCAGUGUCUCUCCACUACUUCCAUCUCCCAACCCUCAGGGAAAAGAUGGAAAUCGAUCCAAAAUUACUAAACGUGGCGACACUCCUAAUCGCCACCGUACUCGCAGCCAAAAUCAUCUCAACAUUCUUAAUCCCCAGAUCUCGCAAACGUCUGCCCCCAGUCGUCAAAGCAUGGCCAAUCAUCGGGGGCCUAUUACGUUUCUUAAAAGGUCCCAUUAUCAUGCUUAAACAAGAAUACCCAAAACUAGGAAGUGUGUUUACACUUAAUCUGUUGAAUAAAAAUAUCACCUUUUUAAUUGGGCCUGAGGUUUCGGCCCAUUUCUUUAAAGCUUCUGAAUCAGAUCUGAGUCAGCAAGAAGUUUACCAGUUUAAUGUACCCACAUUUGGGCCUGGCGUUGUUUUCGAUGUUGAUUAUUCUGUUAGGCAAGAACAGUUCAGGUUUUUUACUGAGGCUUUGAGGGUUAAUAAACUUAAAGCUUAUGUAGAUCAGAUGGUUUUUGAAGCUGAGGAAUAUUUCUCAAAAUGGGGUGACAGUGGUGAAGUGGACUUAAAAUAUGAACUAGAAAAGCUCAUCAUUCUUACAGCCAGUAGAUGUCUAUUGGGUGAGGAAGUUCGUAACAAGCUUUUUGAUGAUGUGUCUGCUCUUUUUCACGAUCUUGAUAAUGGUAUGCUUCCAAUCAGUGUCAUCUUCCCAUACCUCCCCAUCCCCGCCCACCGUCGCCGUGAUCAAGCCCGCGAGAAACUUGCACAUAUCUUUUCCACCAUCAUUAAUUCUCGAAAACAAAGCGGGAAAUGUGAAAACGACAUGUUGCAGUGUUUUAUCGACUCCAAAUACAAAAACGGCCGCCCCACCACUGAAUCUGAGGUCACUGGACUUCUCAUUGCUGCCCUAUUUGCUGGCCAGCACACGAGUUCUAUAACCUCCACUUGGACUGGAGCAUACCUCCUAUGCAACCCGAAACACAUGGCAGCUGUUAUCGAUGAGCAAAAAAAUAUAUUGCAGAAUCAUGGUGAAAAGAUCGAUCAUGAUAUUUUGUCGGAGAUGAAUGUGCUAUAUAGAUGCAUAAAGGAAGCAUUGAGACUACACCCGCCACUAAUCAUGUUGCUACGCAGCUCUCACUGCGAUUUCAGUGUCACCACAAAAGAAGGGAAAGAAUACGACAUUCCAAAGGGACACAUAGUUGCCACGUCACCUGCAUUUGCCAAUCGACUGCCACAUGUGUUCAAGGAUCCCGACACAUAUGACCCAGAUAGAUUUUGCCCAGGUAGAGAAGAAGACAAGGCUGCAGGGGCGUUUUCCUAUAUUUCUUUUGGUGGUGGUAGACAUGGUUGCUUAGGAGAACCCUUUGCUUAUCUGCAAAUUAAAGCAAUUUGGAGCCAUUUGUUGAGAAAUUUUGAGUUGGAAUUGGUUUCUCCCUUUCCAGAGACGGACUGGAAUGCUAUGGUGGUUGGUGUCAAAGGGAAGGUCAUGGUCCGUUAUAAACGAAAAGUACUAGCCUGAAAAUGUAUUGCAAUAUUUAUAGGUUAGCACUCGCUCUCUUGGUUUCUUUUCCCUAAUUCAGGUGUGCUAAGAUUGUUAAUGUUUUUUCUUUAAUUUAUGUAUCUUAAACGUUUAAACUUGAAAGUUUUGAUCCUAUUUUUCUGUUUCUUUA